AUGGAAACUCUAAGAAACGCUACUUGUAUUCCUCAUAUUUCGGGGAAGCUGAUUUUCGGGUACAGUUUGAAUUUAAGGUCCUUCUAUGAAUGUGAGAAUAGAUGGAAUAUGCUUAGUGAUGUAGAUAAAUCCAAGUUUAUUGAAAUUUCAAAAAGAAUUCGGAACGAUAUUUUAUUUGGUUUAAUUCCACUUCAAAACUGGAAUGGCUCUGAAGAACUCAAAUUUUCAAAAAAUAAAUUGUUUUAUUGUAUGAAUUACCCAUCUCAAUUAUAUCUUUUUCCUCAUCUUGCAGAAAAUCAAAUACUCAGAAAGUGUGGGAAAAAACUUCACUUAAUAAAUAAAGAAAAAUAUAUUUGUCAAAUAAUCGAUAGAUAUCUAGAAAAGCUAGCAAAACAUAAAUUUGUUUAA